AACCAGGCCUACUCCCACAGUCCCAUUACCGAUUUGCUUGCCAAAGAUGAUAGCGCAGGGAACCCAAUCCAACGAAGAGGCCUCGCCUGUUCACUCCAACGCGUCUCCCGCGAAACCUGAAAGCUUCGCCGGCGACGCAACCCACCUCUCAGUCACCGCCUCGGCCGGCAGCGGCGCGGGCCAAGAAAGAGGCCGCAACAAGCUGACCCUUCUCCCUCUCACCUUCCUCAUCUUCUUCCAGGUCGCCGGCGGGCCAUAUGGCGCCGAGCCGGCGGUGCAAGCCGCCGGCCCGCUCUUCGCCCUCAUCGGCUUCCUGGUGUUCCCCUUCGUGUGGGCCGUCCCCGAGUCCCUGGUCACCGCCGAGCUGUCGACGGCGAUGCCGGGCAACGGCGGCUACGUCUUGUGGGUGGACCGCGCGUCCGGCCCGUUCGCCGGCUCCCUGAUGGGGACGUGGAAGUACGUGUGCGCCGCCAUCGGCGCGGCCGCUUUCCCGGCGCUCUGCUCCGACUACCUCGUGCGGGUGGCCCCCGCCGUGUCAGGCGGCGGCGCCCGGGUGGCGACCAUUGUCACGUUCAACGUCGCCCUGACGCUCCUGAGCUACACGGGGCUGAGCGUCGUCGGCUGGACGACCGUGGCGCUGGGCCUCGCGGCGCUGUCGCCGUUCGUGGUGAUGGUCGGCGUCGCGUUGCCGAAGAUCCGGCCGCGGCGGUGGGGGGCGACCGCCCGCGCCAAGGACUGGAAGCUCCUGCUGAACACGCUGUUCUGGAACCUGAACGGCUGGGACAGCGUGAGCACCAUGGCCGGCGAGGUGGACCGGCCCGGGAGGACGUUCCCCGCGGCGCUGGUCUCGGCCGUGUGCAUCGGUUCGCUCGGGUACGUGCUACCGCUCAUGGCGGCCACCGGCGCCGUCGAUGCGCCGCCGGAGGCCUGGGGAGACGGCUACUUCGCCGACGCUGCAGGUCUGAUCGCCGGCGAGUGGCUCAAAUACUGGAUGGAGGUGGGCGCGGCGGUCUCCUCCGUGGGCCUCUACUCCGCGUCGCUGAGCAGCGCGUCGUACCUCCUCGCCGGCAUGGCCGAGGUCGGGCACCUCCCGUCCCUGCUCGCCGCGCGCGCCCCGGUCUUCGGCACCCCCUGGGCCAGCAUCACCGUCACGGGCGCCGUCGCGCUGGGCAUGUCCUUCCUGAGCUUCGACAGCAUCGUGGCGGUGACCAACUUCCUGUACGGCCUCGGGAUGCUCCUGGAGCUCGCCGCGUUCCUCUGGCUCCGCGUCAGGCGGCCGCGCCUGCCGCGGCCGUACCGCGCGCCGGGCGGCGCGGCGGGGGCCGCGGCGGUGUGCGCGAUGCCGGCGGCGUUCCUGGUGCUCGUCAUGGCCGUCGCCGGGUGGAAGGUGUGCGCGGCCGGCGCGGGGUUCACGGCCGCCGGCGUGGCGGUGUACUACCUCAUGCGGUUCUGCAGGGCCCGGGGGUGCGUCGAGUUUGCCCGCCCUGGCCCGGAGGGAGAGGGGGAGGCAGGGGAGCACGGCGGCGGUGAGAGCGGGAAGGAAGGCGAGCCUGGUGAUGCCUGAGGUUGAAGAUGGUGCGUGAAUUCGGCAGGGGGGCGGCGCUCUUUGACGCCCAGGGGCAGGGCUGGGCUAUCCAGCACAUCGAAAUCAGCUGCAACGAACAGGUAGUGUUUUGACCACCUCAAAAAAAAAAGGUAGUGUUUUUAUAUUCGUUCUCUGGGCUUCUCAACAUUGGAAAAAUUCAGCCCGCGGAACUGCUGCUGCUUCCUCGUCAUCCUCAUGGGCUCGAGUGUCGUGGAUCGGGCUUUAGUUUGUGGGCCGCGCGUGAGGUAGCAGCGAGCGCAAGGAACCCGCGCAGCGCGGCGAUAUUCCUCCUCGUGCAAUGCCUGGUGCAGUCCCACCGCAGGAUAAAGGUUCGGAUCGGAUGGAGUAUCUGGUUCUGCAUACUCAAAACUAAAAUCUGAAUUUUAAACCUGAACUCGAAUUGAACACCAUUUUGGAUGAAAUUUCAUCCCCAAAAUCGAAUCCGCGGAUACCUAAAAUCCAAUUGAAUACCCAAAACCUGUUUUAUAUGAUAAUAUAGUAAGAGCAAUAAGUACUUCCUAUAAACAUAUACAUAAUAUAUAUAACAUUCACAUAUAUAAAUGAGAAAGCAAUAAAUAGCAAAUAAUUUUCUAAGUCAAUUUAGAAUAAAUUUAGUAGUUUAAAUAAACAAAGUUAUUAUUAAGUAUACUAUAAACCAAGAGUUUUUAUUCGAAACGGUUAUCUAUGGAUAUCCACGGAUGAAAAAUCAAAUUCGAACUCGAACCCGAAAAUUUUUGGGUUUCCAACCCCGAAAUCGUGGGUAAAAAAAUAUUUUUAAACCUGAAAUCCGUGGAUAUCAGACCCGAACUCACUUGUUGCCACCUUCCCACGAGAGAAGAUCACCACCUAUUGACGAGGGAGGGCUGCAGCACUUGGUGCGGGAUUGGUCACCGAGUGGAGGAGGCAGCACUCAAGAGACGUCCCCGCCUGCCUCCAGCCUCUGUCAGAAAACGAUCGAGCAGGGCCAUGGCGCGCACGUACGUAGCACGUCUCCACCCUCCGCUGUCGACAUCGACCCGUCAUGGGUUUACCCUGGGUAGGUGCCAACGAGGAGCGCUGCUGCACUACUUCCCAAUGCACACGUGCAACGAGUGCCCAUCGCUGGUGAGGGAUUCCCUUUCUGGAUGGGCCCCGGUGGACAGAUUUGGUUAUUCCUUCCUUCGGGUCUGCGUACAUAGCUAGCAGAUGCUGAGAUUCGGAUGGAGUUCCACUAUUAGAAAAAGAAAAAAACGUAAAUACCUAAGAGCAACUCCAACAGCUUGGUUUCCCCUUUUUUCCUUUCUCACUAUAUAGGGGAAUCUCUUUCCCACUUCCAACUUUAUAGGGGAGAAGUGUUCCAACAGUUUGAUUUUUUUUCCUAAUUCCCCCUGUCACGUGGGGCCAAUCUGUCGUUGUCACAUCUUCUUCCCUUACUUUCCCCUCCCCUCGUGUUCCUUGCUCCCGCCCGUCAGUCGGCGAGCAGUGCCCGUCCAUCCGUCGGCGCAGCACCUGGUGACGACGGCCACCAGGAUAGGAACGCGGCAGCGCGCCGGCGGCGGGCCGACGCUAGGAAGCGGCAGAGCGCCGAAGCUGCGCCGGCUUCCUGCGCCACCCCUGCCUUCAUGGCCGGCUUUUCUUGGCCGCCGUCCUGUGGAGCGGCCAUUCCCCGCCGCAAACACGCGCCGAAGCUCGUGGCGAGCGCUGCCAGCCCGCACUCGGCCGCGGGACCUCCACCCCCUUCGGCUGUGCUGUGCUUCUGUGUCCCCCGACGCCGCAAGACACCUUUGGAACUCCUCCUUCACUUGCCGGCGCCAGCUUGGUGUUCGACAAAAAUUUUGCAAGGUAAUUUCUAUUGUUUGUUGCAGCUAGGUGUUUGUAGUUGCGUUCUGAUCCAGGAGUGGCAGCCAAAUGAAUGCCAUGCCGCUUUGUAGCUGCGUGCCAGAGGAAGUCCUUGUCCUCAAUAAAACCGAGCAGCCCAAUUGGGCUGUACUUCAAUUCUGCUGAAGUUUGGUAGAUCAGCUGUGGCUGCUCAUUUUCAGCUGCUUGGAAAUUGCAACUGUGCACAUGAAUGCAGGUCUCGCUUACAGCUUCACCAUGAAAGUCGGUUACAAGGAAGUAGUGAAAAAUGAAUUUCUACCAAGUUGUAAAGCUGUAAAUAUAAAAAAGAAAUUAAUCAUGAGCAGAUUGCUAAAGCUGUAAAGCUUUGAACUUUGCAUUGCUAGUCUUGAGUUAGUUUGGUUUGACAUGUUGCCCUUUACCAGACAACUUAUUUUUUUAUUCUUGUGAUGAAAUAAGCCUUUUCUGUGGGUUAUGUGCAGAUGGACUCAUUGCUCCUGAGGUUGCUUGAAGAUGACUCGUCAUCAGAUGAGGACUAUGAUGUGGCGGCUAUAAUGCUCGCUGAUCUGGCAAAGAAUGAGCAGCCCAAACAUGGUGGUUCUGUGCAAGGGCAUGAGGUGGUUCGUUGAAACAAGCAGAAAGGAGAUGCAAAGCUCUUUGAUGACUACUUUGCAGAAGAACAUGUGUUUGGUCCGGUCACAUUCAGACGGUGGUUUAGAAUGUCAAAGGAGUUGUUCUUGCGCAUUGCAAGUGCUGUAGAAGCACAUUGUCCAUAUUUUCAGCAAAGGAGGAAUGCAGCCAGGGACCUUGGCCACAGUGCUUUGAAGAAGAUCACUACAGCAUUGCGCAUGCUUGCUUAUGGGGUUCCUGCUGAUUCUCUUGAUGAGACGCUUUACAUCGCAGAGAGCACCAUAAUUGAGAGCCUAAGGGAGUUUGUCAAAGCUGUGGUUGAGGUUUUUGGGGAGCAAUACCUGCGAGCACCAAAUGAGGAGGACACCGCAAGACUUAUGCAAAUGGGUGCCGCUAGAGGCUUCCCUGGGAUGCUUGGAUGCAUAGAUUGCAUGCACUAGCUGUGGAAGAAUUGUCCUACAGCAUGGCAUGGGCAAUUCACCAGGCAUUGACAUGAUCCUACAAUCAUUUUGGAAGCAGUCGCAUCACAUGAUCUAUGGAUUUGGCAUGCAUACUUUGGGAUGCCUGGUUCUCACAAUGACAUCAAUGUCCUCCAUAGGUCUCCUCUGUUUGCAAGACUUGCUACUGGGAAGGCUCCACCUGUGAACUUUCAAGUCAAUGGCCAUGAUUACACUAUGGGCUACUAUCUCGUAGAUGGCAUUUAUCCCUCAUGGUCCACCUUUGUCAAGACAAUUAGAAACCCAAGCAGUAACAAGACAGCACACUUUGCAAAGGUUCAAGAAGCUGAGAGAAAGAGUGUUGAGAGAACUUUUGGGGUGUUGCAGUCUCGGUUUGCAAUUGUCCGAGGACCUGCUCGAUUUUGGGACCAGACGACCUUGUGGCGUAUCAUGAUAGCAUGUGUCAUCAUGCACAACAUGAUAAUAGAGGAUGAAAGGGGUCAACCUGAAGAUUUUGUGUAUGACCAUGUGAGAACACCUGUGGAACCCGAACAAGAUGAAGACCAAAUCUACAAUUUUCUAGAAAUGCAUCGAAACAUCGAAGACCCCGUGGCACAUAGCCAGCUUCGUGAUGACCUUGUUGAGCAUUUGUGGCAAAUACAUAGGCAAUGAAAAUUACUCUUGUAGCUGAACUACUCUUGUAGCUGAAACUACUUUUGUAUCAAUGUGGACUUAAUGUAUAUUUCUCACUUUUUGUAUCAAUGAUGAUAAUUGUUCACUGUUC